AUGGAGAGUUCCAAUUCUGGUUCUUGUGGCCAGGGUACAUUGUAUCACUGGCUUGUGCUGUUUGCAGUUUGGCUUUGUGGCAGCCAGCAUGUUCUGUCUCAGAAAACACCACUUGAACCAAAAGAUAAAUUCCUUCUGUCUGAUCCACCUAUUGGUCUCUUUGAUCCCAUAGAGAUUUCACCAUCUGUUCUUCCACACAAUACUAACCCUGUUGAGCCACUGUCACCUAUGUAUCCAAAUUACACGUCCUAUGAUCCAGUCUUGACUGGAAAAUGCCAUGUAAAUUUUUCUGCACUCUCUUAUGUCAUGGAGAAGACAGCAUAUGAUUGCUCCAUUCCUUUAGCACCACUAGUUGCUGAUGUUAUAUGUUGCCCCCAAGUUAAUAGCUUGGUGAAUGUUUUCCAAGCUGCAUAUGGCAGUGGAAACGAUACCCUAGUUCUCAACCAGGCUUCAGCAAAUGCUUGUUUCUCUGACAUUAUGAACAUCCUUGCAAGCAAAGGGGCAAACACCAACAUCCCUGAGUUAUGUACUCUGAGGCCAUCAAAUCUCACUGAUGCUUCUUGUCCUGUGAAGGAUAUUAGCUCCUUUGAGAAAAUAGUCAACACCAGUAAACUCCUAGAUGCAUGCAGCAGUGUUGACCCACUGAAAGAGUGUUGUAGGCCAGUUUGCCAACCUGCUAUAGCAGAAGCAGCUAUUCACAUAUCUUCAGGUGGGGCUAACAUGUUUGGAAGUUCUAGCAUGCCAGGGAGCGCUGUUGGGAUUGAUGUUGUUAGUGACUGUAAAGGGGUAGUUCACUCCUGGUUAUCCAUGAAGCUUUCAUCAGAGGAAGCUAAUAGUGCUUUCAGAGUAUUAUCUGGUUGCAAGGUGAACAAAGUUUGUCCAUUGGAGUUUGAUGAACCUUCUUCAGUCGUUAAGGCAUGUGGCAAGGCAUCAUCUUCAACGCCUUCAUGCUGCGCAGCAUUGCACUCUUACAUUGGAACUAGGCAGAAACAGAUAUUUGUCACAAACCUGCAAGCAAUUAAUUGUGCAACAAAGUUUGGAUCAAUGCUACAGAAAGCUGGUGUGGUGGAUGAUAUUUAUGGGCUUUGUGACAUUGACUUGAAAGAUUUCAGCUUGCAAGGCUGUCUACUUCGGAGCUUACCUACAGAUAUUGUGUUUGACAACACUACUGGCAUUAGCUUUACAUGCGAUUUGAGUGACAAUAUUGCAGCACCAUGGCCCUCCUCAUCUUCUGUCCAAUCAUUGUCACUUUGUGCUCCAGAAAUGUCGCUGCCUGCUUUGCCUGUCUCGCCGAAAUCAGAAAGCUCAGGUCCCUCCAGAACUGGGAUUGGCGUUUUGUUGCCGCUUGUAUUCCUCACGACGACCAUCACUAUCUGA